AUAACGCAUUUCAUUUAUCAAGCUUUUAUGUUAUUUUUUAUCUUUAAAAUCGAAUGUUUUCCUCCCCAGAAUAAAGGGCCCAAGAACUAAUGAUGAGCCUUUCCACUUGAAUGUGUGUGGUCACUCAAGGCACAUUCUUGACCAGAAGGGGGCAGAUGAAAUUGAAACGGAUAGGUGUAAUAUUCUGGAAUUCUGAGAAGUAAAUGUUAGACUACUAUUCACUAGAGAAGGCUCAGACAACAUCCUUGUUUGCGACACGGGUUUAAUCUUUACAUCGUGAGAGUUUCAGAGACAAAAUGACCGUUGGCAAUAGUUCCUGCCUGGUUUGGCAACUCCAGAGAUUACAACAGCAGUUCGUUAUGGGUCAGCAAGUCUGUGCGUAAACGUGCAGUUUCCCAGUUAUUUUCAGCAAACCUGCAUUUGAUCUUGAUAGUUAUACCUUCUUUUUUUACUCUGCAUUGCGGACCAUCCAAAUAUCCUUUUUUCUUUUUUCUUUAGCCGCUAUUUCCGUCACAUGACGGAAAUCAGUGGAGAGCAAACACUUCUGCCGUUUUAGCCUUAUAAAAAAGGAUAUUCAAGUGCAAAGUGUGCUUCCUCCGUGGGCAGCAAAGAAUUACAGGGCGACUUUUGGCCCAAGAAAUUUCCUUCUGAAAGGCAAGACGUAACAAUUAAUCGUACGCUGCAGGAGUUGGUUUAACAGCCAACUUUGGGGAACUGCGCUCAUCCUAGAAGAGAAUUUUCUUCCAGCUGUUCGCUUGCUGAUUUUGGGGCGUCGGUAGCUCAUGAGAUAACUUUGAAAAAGUGUUCGAGCUAAUGUUGUGCACAGUUUGAAGAAUGCCUACGAACGGGAAUACCGAAAAAGUGGACUCUGAGACUUUAGAGGACCAAGGCGCUAACGGUAACUCGGCUGAUGUCGAUUCCAAGACAAAAGAUUUUGACCUUGCAGCAGUGUAUGUCUCAGAUGCCCAAUACAAUAGGAACAUCUUCUUUGACACCUCUCCUCAAGCAGUCAGACUAUAUCAGCUCUACAACCACUGGGGCAUGCAAGUGCUUAUCUAUCUCUUCAUAAUUGUGGAUCUAGGGUUAGCUGUGUUUGAGGAGCCAGCCCUGAUUCCUGAUAUGCCAAUAUGGGCCACCUCCAUAGUGGAGCUUAUUUGUCUAAUGGCUUUUACAGCAAGGCUCAUUCACUAUUCCAAAGUCAUUUCCCAUGAGAGGUUCUGGCGAGACCCAAAGAACAUUUGUAUCAUUGUCAUCAUUUCACUCUCUCUGAUUGACAUGAUCACAUAUGUGGGUUUGAAAACUGCUGGACAUUUUGGAGUUCGUUGGUCCCGACUCCUCAGACCUCUUCUGCUUGUGAACAUCACAGAGGGUCGACAGCUGCGUCGGGCAUUCCGGAGCAUUCGUAACGCCCUGCCGCAGAUCUCCUAUGUCUUCUUCCUGUUCAUGUUCAGUGUGUCCAUGUUCUCCCUCAUGGCCCUCAAACUGUUUGGGAAAAGGGGUCUUAAGACAAUGGAAGGAACCCCGUAUUUUACAGACUACUUGGAGAUUGUCUUUCAGCUUUAUGUUCUCGUCACCACUGCCAACAGUCCAGAUGUCAUGAUGCCAGCCUACAACUACAGUAGUUUCUUUGCUGUUUUCUUCAUCGUCUACAUCCUCAUAAACACCUACAUUUUCAUGUCGGUCUUCCUCGCGGUUGUAUACAACAACUACAAAAAAUACCUGAAGGAGGAAGUACGGCAACUUGUGAAGGCCAAAAGGAGGAAGAUGGUGCGGGCCUUCUCUCUGCUCCAGCAGUCUGGUCUCGGGGAGGAGCCGGCGGUGAGCCAGGCCCGCUGGAAACAGCUGGUGUGUUUGGUGCAGCCGGGCAUCAGCAGCGCACACAGGGAGCUUCUGUGGAGCGUCUCCGACGAGAACAAGAACGGUUACAUAGGAAAGUUGGCAUUUGUCCAGCUUCCAGAUCUGCUGAACAUCGAGGUUAUUACGAUGAAGACCCGGCCACACCCAUUGACAACACGGUUCCCUGGAUUCUAUGAAUCCACCGCUAGCCGCUUUGUCCGACGCAUAGUGCAGCACAAGGCGUUUGUGUACAUCUAUGACCUCAUCAUCCUGGUGAACGCGGUGUUCAUUGGUCUGGACGAGGAGAACCCGUUCAUAGCCAACGCAGAGUGGGUCUUCCUGGCGCUCUACCUGCUGGAGAUCCUGCUGAAGCUCUACACGUGGGACCCUCGAGCCUUCUUCUCCAGACACCAGUUUUGGAACUGGUUCGACACAGUCAUUGUUAUAGCUGCUCUGAUUGCCACCAUCUUUAACUCGGCUCUGACGUCCUCUGAGGGCUAUACCAGCCGCCAGAUCCUGGACAUUGUUUUCAUCCUGCGAGUCCUCAGGCUUGUGCGUGUGGUAGACAGCAUCCAAAGGUUUCGAACAAUAAUAAACACCCUCAUCAAAAUUGGGCCAACUAUUAGCACAUUUGGCCAGCUUAUAUUGGUGAUCUACUACAUAUUUGCCAUGGUUGGUAUGGAGUUGUUCAAGGACAAAGUCCAUUUUUUCCCACCCAACUCCACAGACCCGCACAAAGAUUACUGUGGAAAUCCUCUCCUGAAAGGGACCGCUUUUGCCAAAUUCAAUUAUUGCAAGAAUAACUUCAACGAUGUUGUGUCUUCUUUCAUUCUGUUGCUGGAGCUCACAGUAGUCAACCAAUGGCAUGAGUUGGCAGGUGGGUUCACAGCUGUCACCCAUGUCUCGGCACGCAUCUUUUUUGUGAUUUUCCACAUUGUGGUUGUGAUCAUCAUCAUCAACAUAUUUGUGGCCUUUAUUCUCGAAGCCUUUUUUGUUGAGUACACGGUGGACAAAAGUCACUUACAGACGUCUAUAGAGAAGAAAAUUGAAGAACUGGAGUUAAACAUAAACUUGGAUGAACCAGGAGGCAACUUGGUGGAUUUAAUGGAGACGAAUGAGAACGACUUGGGUCCCUCUGCGGCUCCAAAGGACCGGCCGGCACUCAUGUUCAAGAUCGCUUCAAAAAGAUAUAAAACGGUGGAUGGCCUGCUGCAGAAGAUGUUUGAAGCAGACCUCAGUAAAGAGGACCUCGAUGAAGAGGAUGAAAGUCCAAACAUUACAAAUCCAGUUUUUGGCUCAGUAUAACCAGGACUGAAAGGGAACAAACAAAUACUUAAGCUAUAAUUAUUUCCCUAAAAUAAAUAGCUAAUGCAUAUUUUUGCACCGUGUAUUUUUAAAAGAGACUAUACAUUUGGAGAAUGUACAGUAUGCAAACCAAAUGUCAACCACUGUUUAGCCUACCUGCAUAUUUCAAAUAUUUGUGUGAAUGGUUUCUGGAUGGAAUUGGCUGUGAGCCACGUACACAGCCUAAUAAAACAAACUCUUUCCAUGUUACAUUUUGAGUAAUAGAAUGAUAUAUUGAUUAAAUGCCCAUUUGACAAAA